AUGCCAAUUUUGACGAAGGAAACGAGCAUGGACAAACAGGUACGAAUUCUGCCCAAGAUCCCGGUCCCUCCUCUGGAUCAGACCCUGGACACGUAUUUAAAAUGUGUCCAACAUCUCGUCCCCGAAGAGCAGUUCAGGAAAACCAAAGCCGCAGUGGACAAGUUCGGCGCCCCCGGUGGAGUGGGGGAGCAACUGCAGAAGAAACUACAGGAGAGGAGAGAAAAGACGGAAAACUGGGUGUAUGAUUACUGGCUGGAGGACAUGUACCUGAACAACCGUCUGGCUCUGCCCGUGAACUCCAGCCCCGCCAUGGUCUUCCCCAAACAGAACUUCAGGGACCACAGGGACGCGCUCAGGUUUGCGACUCGGAUCAUCAGAGGAGUCCUGGACUACAAGGCUCGAAUCGACGCAGCUGACCUCCCGGUGGACGUGGCUGGGGGGCAGUUGCCUGGGACGCCCAUGUGCAUGCAGCAGUACAGACGUCUCUUCACGUCGUACCGAUAUCCGGUUCAGACCUCGGACUCGCUCUCGGUCAAAGUCGACUGCAAAGGACCCGAGCACAUGAUCGUCGCCUGCAAGAACCAGUUCUUCGUGUUGGAGACUUUACUGAACGGUGAACUCAUGACUGACGCCGAGAUCUUUUCACAACUGGAUAAAAUCAUGAAAAUGGCAGAAAACCCGAGCGAAAGAGCGCCCCCUGUGGGUCUGCUGACGUCUGACGGACGCAACGAGUGGGCUCAGGCCAGAGAGGCGCUCGUCAAAGACCCUGUAAACCGGACCUCGUUGGACCUGAUUGAGUCGAGUCUGUGCCUGGUCUGUCUGGAUGAGCCCUGUAGUCCUUUAGACCAGAGUGACUCGAGCAGAGCCGCCAUGAUGCUCCACGGGGGCGGAGUCGAGAAGAACGGCGCCAACCGCUGGUACGACAAGUCCAUGCAGUUCGUUGUGGGUUUGAACGGCGUGUGUGGAGUCGUUUGUGAACAUUCUCCAUUUGAAGGAAUCGUCCUGGUCCAGUGCUCAGAGUUUCUCCUCAAAUACAUUAUUGGAAGUCCGUCUAAGAUGUCGACAGUGGUCAGUGGAAAAGCUCUUCCUGUUCCCAAACGUCUGAUGUGGAAAAUCUCUCCUCAAAUCCAAGACUUCAUCUCAGCGUCUGGCACCAGGCUCCACGGAUUGGUGAGAAACCUGGACAUGGACGUGUUUAAGUUCAGCGCUUACGGAAAAGAAUUCAUAAAAAAGCAGAAGAUGAGUCCGGACGCUUUCAUCCAAGUGGCCUUACAGCUCGCCUUCUACAAAUGUAACCGCAGACUCGUGUCCACCUACGAGAGCGCAUCGAUCCGCCGUUUCAGAGAAGGACGAGUGGACAACAUCAGAUCGGCCACGAGACAGGCUCUGGCUUUUGUCCAGGCCAUGACCCAGGACAAACCACCUGCCAGCGACGCAGAGAAGAUGCAGAAGCUGAAGGAGGCCAUACGAGUUCAGACCGACAACACUUUAGCGGCGAUCACGGGAAAUGGCAUUGACAAUCACCUCCUGGGGCUGCUGAGGAUCUCCAGAGACCUGAAGAUGGAGAAACCCGAGAUGUUCUGUGAUCAAACCUACGUCAGCAGCAACCAGUUCAUCCUGUCCACCAGCCAGGUGCCCACCACGGUCGAGAUGUUCUGCUGCUACGGUCCGGUGGUUCCAAACGGCUACGGAGCCUGUUACAAUCCUCAGGCCGACCACAUCGUCUUCUGCGUGUCCAGCUUCAGGCAGAGCACCGACACCUCCUCCGCCGAAUUCUCCAAAGCCCUGCAGGAGGCGCUCUCUCAAAUCAGGGACCUGUGCGUGCGAGCCCACAAACCCGACCCCAGCCCCGCCCACAAGGGAAGUAAGCCAUAA